AUGACGUCCAAUGACAAGGGUUUCAAAGGGAUCGUGCCCACAACGAGUGGCUCCCUAACGCUUCUUCUGGCUCGUUCGGUGUGCGCCAGCGCCAUCAAGGUGUCUGCCUCUGUGAAACUGACAAUAAAUAAAACCGAAGCCGCUUCUUUCUCUACUGGUGCUGCUGCUGCUGCACCGCAGAGUGCGCUGAUCUGCGGGCUGCUGCUUUGGGGCAGCCGCACAACAGCAGCUCCAUCUGUCGCUGGCGCAGAAGAUGGACAUGCAGGAGAGCGGGGGAUCAGUGGCGACCGUUCAGACUUCCGCGGAAGCAGCACGACGAGCUCUGGACGACGACUAACGGGGAGAUUCCUUCACAUUACGGAUUUCCAUCCAGACCCCUUUUACAAGACGUACUCGAGUACGACGUCGGAGGCGGCAUGCCAUCGCAAACAUGGCCCAGCGGGCAUCUACGGCGCAGAGACAUCGGGCUGCGACUCGCCCUUUGCCCUCGUCAAUCAGACGUUCAAGUGGAUAGAGGAGAACAUCAAGGACGAUAUCGAUUUUGUCAUAUGGACAGGUGACUCGGCCCGGCACGACAACGACGAGAACAUACCAAGGACGCAGAAGCAGAUUAUACAGCAGAAUGAGUUCAUGGUGUCCAAGUUUGCAGAGGUCUUUGGGCACAGAGACCAUCACAACCGGCCCACACAUGAAUUCAUCAUACCUAUCGUCCCGACGUUUGGCAACAACGAUAUCAUGCCGCACAAUAUCUUCCUCAGCGGACCAAACAAGUGGACGACGAAGUAUCUGGAUAUAUGGCGGAGAUUUAUACCCGAGGUGCAGAGGCAUCAAUUCCAACAGGGAGGCUGGUUCUCGGUCGAAGUUAUACCCGGCAAACUUGCGGUCGUCAGCUUGAACACCAUGUACUUCUUCACCUCGAACUCUGGCGUCGACGGCUGCGCAAAUAAACGCGAACCCGGCUACGAGCACAUGGAAUGGUUGCGCGUCCAACUCCAAGAGUUUCGGGAACGCAACAUCAAGGUCAUGCUAAUAGGCCAUGUCCCGCCGGCAAGAGUCGACAGCAAAGAGAGCUGGGAUGAGACUUGUUGGCAAAAAUACACGCUGUGGAUUCGACAGUUUCGUGAUAUCAUUGUGGGGAGUUUAUACGGGCACAUGAACAUCGACCACUUCAUGCUGCAGGACUUUGAGGACAUCAAAAAAGAUGCCAAAAGAGGUAGGAUGGCUACGAGCGAGGUGAGAUCGAAUUCUGAGGACGAGAUGAGGCUGCUGGAGGAUGGCGAGGUCACAGUCGCUUCUGCAUCGGACUAUUUGAUCGAUUUGAAGCAAGCUUGGGCACAGCUUCCUGCGCCGCCUGCGAAAUCGAACAAGAGGUCGUACUCGAGUGCGCUUGAUGAGGAAGAGGAGGAUGGAGAAGAGGCGUCGGUAUGGGAUUGGCUCGAGUCAAAGCUGCACAAACGAAAGAAAGAUAACCCAGCCAGAGAUAGCCGGAAGCGGGAGUACCUGGACAAGAUUGGAGGCAAAUACGCUGAGCGAUUUGCGGUAUCGCAUGUCUCACCCAGCGUGGUACCAAAUUACUUCCCCACGCUGCGCAUCAUCGAGUACAAUAUUUCAGGUCUAGAGGAUCUUGAGGUCUCUACUGCGCAAACCUCAUCCUCACCCUUCAACUUUAUUUCCGGACAGCCUGAACUUACCGACGAUGAGUUUUCCAAUGACGAAGCGUAUUCACAAGAAGUCGAGACCGUUGUCAAACGCAAGAAAAAGCACAAGGGUAGAAAGAAGAAGGGACCACGCAAGUACAAAUUCCGCGUUCCUGAUGGACCCUCAAAAUCUGCACCGCCUGGUCCAGCAUACUCCCCCCAGUCACUCACGUGGACAAGAUGUGUGCAAUACUUUGCCAACUUGACGCACAUCAACAAUGACUUUGUGGACCCGCAACAUCGUCUGCUUCAUACAACGACUUCUGAUUUCUCAAAUAAUGAUAACAGUCCGCAUACGAUAUUUGGCCUACAAGUCAGUUCAGAUGGUCAAUUAGAACAAAAGAAAUGGAAGGAAGGGAAGCACGGAAAACACCAAGGCAAACGACCGAAAGAGGAACCACAUCCAAAUGAGUUUAUAUUUGAAGUCGAAUAUGACACGCAAAAGGACAAAGGUUUCAAGGAUCUGACCGUAAGAAGAUGGGUCGAGUAUGCGAGAAGGAUCGGGCAAGAUGGAAGUAAGAAGUCCAGUGUCGCAGAAAUCGACUUGGAGGACAGCGGAGCAGGAGAGGACGAAAAUCUGGAUGAAACCUUCGAGGUCGAAGGUGGCAAGAGACAUAAGAAACACAGAAAACACAAGCACAAGAAGAAGAAGGGCAAGAUGCACGCAUCCAAGGAGUGGUUCACCUUUGUCAAAAGGGCGUUUGUGGGCACCAUGGAUCCAAAGGACAUUGAAGCCCUCUUUGGGGCAGAAGCACUCGAAGCGGAGCAGCAGGAGAUUAUGGAGCUAUGA